AUGGUAUCCUCGUCCGUCCUUGAUCGUAUUCAAUCGGCCUUGGACAGAGUCGAAACCAUGCUGAUAUAUUCCGAUCGUCGCAGUAAGGUAUAUUUUGAAUCGAGGACAUUGAGGUUAUGGUUAAGGAAUCUCAAAACCUUUGUCCUCAUCUUUUCUAACACAGAGUUGGGCAACGAUAAUCAUGUUGGUCUUUUCCUCCUAAGAAUUGCAGAUACGGUCCAGACAUUUGCCCGGAAAGCUGACUCUUGGAGGGAUGGUAUCGGGAUGUUGAACAAUUUUUUUUUUAAUGACAGGUAUGUCAUCAAAUUUGAAUUGCUUUGCAAAGACGCCAGGGAGUGGGAAACCAAGACUUGUUUGCCAUUGAAGUUUGAAAUGGAAGAACGAUACGUGACCCUGCAAAUGAAAUCAGCUAAUGAUGUUAUUCAUAAGAUCAUCAGGGGCAGCCCAUAUCAUCAAGUCCUGGAUAUUCUUGAUUCCAUCUUGGAACAACUAGUCGAUCUUCUGGAUCUCGAUAAAAGAUGCAACUCAAACCUCGAGGUUAUUAUAGGCCUCGAAGACGCAGCUCCAGCCUUGAGAGAUCAGAUGGUGUUCCUGAUAAGUCUCAUCCGAUUUUCCAUUUCCAUUCCCAUGGAUGGGCCGCCUUACCAUUGUCAUACGCAUGAUUUGUUGCUGGCUCACGCUGAACCUGUUUCCAUCACUGCUGCACGUCUGCUUUUGAAGCUCAAUUGUGUAGAAUAUGUCAGAGCAGAUGGGAUUUGGGAUGAGAUCUCAAGCUUGGUGUCAAGGGUCAACCCGUUUGAUCUUCACAUCCAUACUCAGGUCCUAAUCAAUGGUGCCAAAUCCAGUGAUCAAAAAGUGGACUUUAUUGCAAUCACGGAUGUCCUUGAUGGUUUCACAUCUAAACUUUGGUAUCUAUUGACUCGACCGGAAACUUAUAGCCAUGUGAUUCCCAUGGAGGAUCAACUGCAAGAGCUGUACCAAUGGCUUAGAUUCUUGAGCAUCACUCUCAAGCAGCCGCCACACAACUUUGAUCUGAAGGCCAAGGCAGAUAUCAUUUAG